ACAACAAAGUACCAAGUUAAAAAACAAAAUCAAUGAUGUUGACACAUUGCAAUGAAUUAUGCAAGCCAGUUUCUAUUAUGAUUCUAGUUAACUUGGCUCUGGCUUUUGUCAAUUUACUUCUGAAGAAGGUUCUUAAUGAAGGAGUGGACUACAUGUCCAUUAUAACAUAUAGACAGGCAAUUUCAUUUAUCUUCAUGGCACCUGUGGCCUGCUUCUUUGACAGAAAACACAAACUGGAGCUUCACAUAAUAAGUCUCCUUUUCCUCAGUGCUCUACUCGGAGUAACAUUUCCCCAAUACCUAUAUCUUGUCGGACUUGGAUAUACUUCUGCCACAUUCUCAUGUGCGUUCCUCAACAUGGUGCCUGUAUUUACAUUCAUUAUGGCGGUCCCAUUUGGGAUAGAGAAGGUGAACAUACAAAGCAAGAGUGGUAAAGCAAAAGUCAUGGGAACUUUUGUCUGCAUUGGUGGAGCCAUGUUAUUGGUCCUUUAUAAAGGAAUGCCCCUUAUCAAUCCACAAUCACAACACAUGGCAAACAAAAUAACAAAUACACCACCAACUGCCAAGUUAGCGAAAUGGAUCAUAGGUUCCUUACUUUUGACUGUAGGUUGCCUCUUGUGGUCAUCAUGGUUCAUUAUACAAGCAAAGAUUAGCAAAAAAUACCCAUGUCAAUACUCUAGCACAGCUAUUUUGUCACUUUUUGCUGCUACUCAAUCAGCAAUAUUAACUUUGAUCAUCAAGAGAAAUAAUGCUUCGUGGAUUCUCAGAGGCAAGCUAGAAAUAAUGAGUGUUAUAUAUGCUGGAUUGGUAGGGUCAGGAUUGUGCUACGUGGCAAUGUCAUGGUGUGUCAAACAAAGGGGUCCAGUUUUCACCGCAGCUUUUACCCCCCUUAUACAAAUAUUUGUAGCUGUGCUUGAUUUCUAUGUACUAAAGGAGGAAAUUUACCUGGGAAGUAUUGCAGGAUCUGCCUUGGUUAUUGCUGGCAUGUAUAUUCUUCUAUGGGGAAAAAGUAAAGAGGAAGGGCAACAUGUUCUGAAGGAUACGCAAACAAAUCAAGAUGUAGAAUGCCAAUAGCAAUGCCACAAAUGACAAUGAUCCAAAUGUGUACUCUAAUCAUUGCAAGACACAAGUUCUCUAAAUAACAAAAAGGAAGUAAUGUGCUAUUUAUAGGAACCAAAAGCUGAUAAGUUCUAUACAAAAUAAGUAAUGUGCUAUUUAGCCUAAGGAUAAAUAUUUUGUCAAUUAUUCGAGUCAAUAAUAGACUUUAAC